AUGUGUAGAAUCCCCAUCCUUAUGGAUAAUCCACCCGUUCCUUCCCCUGCUGCCCCCCAGUAUUACCAGAGAAAGGUGGACACAGACAAUGAAUUCAUCUCUCUCUGGGCACAUGGUAAGACAAAGCACAUUGACCUGCUGGUAAAUACUGAAAUUAUACCUGGCGUUCCUGUUUGUUUUUUUGCAAUUUAAUAUAAAAAGAGAAAUCUUUCACUCUCAAACGAAGUUUAGUUAAUGAACGCAGAACAGCUAGAACUUAAUCCAGAGGCUAUUUUUUAUUUCUUAGUUUGAAUGUGAAGAGUCGCAUGUGCUCAAAGUCUCGUAUAAUGAAAACUCAAUGAUUGUGAUCUAUAGUACACACAAUAUAGAAUUUUAUUUAUUGUUUCUAUCAUUCAGUUUAUCUUCUUAAAUAUUUAGUUUAGAGAGUCUACAUUUAAUGGAUUUUUUUUUUUUUUUUUUUUUACUGCCGAGUUCUUUAGAUAUUUUUUAAUGGAGACAAUGAAUUCCUUCGUACAUUGACUAUAUCCAGACACCGUGACCAAGGCACCUAAAUGUGGUUUUGUUUGGUGAUGGUUGCUCUACCUUUUCUGCUUUCCUUUUUCUUUUUCUGUCUGCUGUACUUCUCUAUUUAAACACUGCCGUGUCCUGUCCCUGUCUCUGUAUUUCUCGGACCAGUCCCUCCUUCACACCAACACUAGCAGUUCCCCCAGGAGAAUGCAAUCUGUUUUGGCCUUUUACUGCCUCAUUGUGCUAUUAAUCUCCUGGCCUGACCAUUGCCAGCUUAUGUCUUAACACUGCAGUGAACAAUCUCCCACGUCUGGUACCGUCCUGGGCCCCGUGCUGUGACUGAGCCAAUGGACUCGCAGUGAUACCUGCCACUCUCUCCACACGGAUACACGGAAGAUGCCUUAAAACAUAAAGUACAGAACUGUAAUCCGCUCCUAGAGGUAAACAGACAGGUGCUCAUGUUGGGAUUUUUAUUUUACCCAUUUUAUUUCACAGGUAAAUAUUUUGAUAACUUGUUGGGACAGCAGCUUGAGAUUUGACAGUACGUUCCAGAUUGUAAUCACUGGAAUGCAGCAGGAGUAGCAAGAGACUGCUGUAAGACACAAGCUGCUGUAAUAUUAGGCAGACUGAGUGUGGAGAUGUAGCUGUAAGAUGCAGAGGGCAUAGUGUGAUGGUCAACACUGUGUGAGUCGGACACGGCUGGAAGAUGCAGCGUCCAAUGUUCUGCAGGCAGUGGCGAAGAUUCAGUGCAGCGUAUGCGGUUCUGCAGGCAGUGGCGAAGAUCCAGUGCAGCGUAUGCGGUUCUGCAGGCAGUGGUGGAGAUUCAGUGCAGUGAGAGCAGAGUGCACUGUAUACGGUUCUGCAGGCAGUGGUGGAGAUUCUGUUCAGUGUGUAAGGUUCUGCGGGCAGUGGUAGAGAUUCUGUACUGUGUAUAAGGUUCUGCGUGCAGUGGUAGAGAUUCUGUACAGUGUAUAAGGUUCUGCGGGCAGUGGUAGAGAUUCUGUACAGUGUGUAAGGUUCUGCGGGCAGUGGUAGAGAUUCUGUACAGUGUAUAAGGUUCUGCGGGCAGUGGUGGAGAUUCUGUUCAGUGUGUAAGGUUCUGCGGGCAGUGGUAGAGAUUCUGUACAGUGUAUAAGGUUCUGCGGGCAGUGGUGGAGAUUCUGUUCAGUGUGUAAGGUUCUGCGGGCAGUGGUAGAGAUUCUGUACAGUGUGUAAGGUUCUGCGGGCAGUGGUAGAGAUUCUGUACAGUGUAUAAGGUUCUGCGGGCAGUGGUAGAGAUUCUGUACAGUGUAUAAGGUUCUGCGGGCAGUGGUAGAGAUUCAGUGCAGUGUAUACGGUGCUGCAGGCAGUUGCGAAGAUUCAGUGCAGUGGAUAAGGUUCUGCAGGCAGUUGCAGAGAUUCAGUGCCGUGUAUACGGUGCUGCAGGCAGUGGCAGAGAUUCAGUGCCGUGUAUACGGUGCUGCAGGCAGUGGCAGAGAUUCAGUGCAGUGUAUACGGUGCUGCGGAGGUUCAGUGCAGUGUAUGCGGUGCUGCGGAGGUUCAGUGCAGUGUAUGCGGUGCUGCGGAGAUUCAGUGCAGUGUAUGCGGUUCUGCGGGCAUUGGCGGAGAUUCAGUGCAGUGUAUGCGGUUCUGCGGGCAUUGGCGGAGAUUCAGUGCAGUGUAUGCGGUUCUGCGGGCAUUGGCGGAGAUUCAGUGCAGUGAGAGUAGAGUGUAGUGUACAGUUCUGCAGGAGGCUGUCUUCGGCCUGAUCUUCCUUGGCUGACGCCACUUGCUGGAAGGAUAGAGGCCGUGUUGCCAUUGGCGAUCUGGCGCCUGUUUUACUCAGAAUUAAUAUAUGCCUGUUCAGAACUCUUGGUCCUGGCUGCCUAAUGACCGUGGCUGAGGUGAAACUAGAGCACCGGCAGCAGAGGGUGUAAUCUCCGUAUGUUCAGCAUUUCACAGUGAGACACUGCACAUACACACUCCAGGUACCAUGUCAAACCACUGACGUGAUCAUCAUGCUUGGAGUAACUCUUUAACACGCUGGCUGUAUAACACUUACAUCAAAUUUAUUAUAUUUUUAUGUGCAUUUUUUUUUUUUUUUUAUGAAACGACCAUGAUUUAAAGUGCAUUUCGAGGGUUAUUUUCUGGCCGGUCCGUUUUUAAUCUAUAAGAAUAAAAUCUUUAUAACUGGAUAGUUUGCGGUCACACAUAGUGUGCAUGUGUAUAUCUUGAAAAUUUUUAUAUAGAAGAGGAAAACAAAUUCUAUAUAGCAUGUCAUCAUGCUGACAGGCUGUCCGUGAGUGCCAGUCUGGGCAUCCUGUCGUCUCUCUGGUCAGUGGGGAAACAUUCUUGUUUGCAGUCGCUGUGAUGACCUGGCGGUGUGGCUUGUUUAAGGCCGUAUGUUCUGCUCCCUAUUUUGCACACUGUGUUGACUGUGUAUGUAAUUAAACCGCCUGCAAAUCAACAAAUUCAGUGAAUAUUAUGUAUUAAAUAAAGACUGAUGCAAGAAGAUUUAACACGUUGAAGAUGUUAUUUCCAGUGAAGACAAGCUGACUUCUUAUUGAAAAAUUUCUGUGUAUGUUUGUUACAAUACAUGACAUCCAUGUGGCUUUUUAAUUGUAAAGUGCCCACUGCUAGUCUGACAAGUUUUAUUUGCCCAGUAAACGCCAUUAGAUGCAAUGAUACCUAGUACACACCCUGGGCUCUUAUUCCAAAUGCUGAAUCCUCCUGACAGGGGUUCCCAACCCAGUCCUCAAGUACCCACAACCAGUCCAGGAUUCAGGGAUUACACUGUUGUGUCUAAAGUGUUUUAUGAAGAAAAAAACAAAAACAAAAAAACCCUUAGAGACAACGGUGUAAUCCUGAAAUCUUGGACUGUUCGGGGGGAAUUGAGCAGUGGGUUGGAAACCACUGCUUUAGGAUAUAUAAACACUUUACAUCUGUAAUAUAACACAAUCCCUCUUUUCUCACAGAUAAGGCGGUCCAUAGUGAACACACCGCCCCAUCGAAGACCGCAGAACAUGCUCGGCCUAUACCAGACUUUGUGAUGGGGAGUCUGCUUCGCUAUUUUGAGGAAGAGAAGUAUGUUCAGAAGAAUGGCUCUUCCUUUCCCGGUGUCCACCUGCUGCCCAAUGUGCUUCCUGCUGGCUGGGGACUCCCUGCUUUGACCGGCAGUAAACCAGGGCGACUGCUGAAUAACACCGGUACGGUCAAACAGUAUAAAUGUGCUCACUGUGCGAAAAGCUUUAUCAGAAGCACCCAGCUGAAAGAGCACAUGAGAACGCACACCGGAGAACGCCCCUAUCAGUGUCUGAAGUGUCCUAAAAGCUUCAGCCGCAGUACGCAGCUUCGAGAUCACCAGCGAACACACACAGGGGAAAGACCUUACAGAUGCAAUCAGUGUGGCAAGACCUUCACUCACAGCUCCAAUCUCAUCCACCACAGACGCACCCACACUGGAGAGAGACCGUACAAAUGCAACCUGUGCCCCAAGAGCUUCAGCCAGAACUCUGACCUAAACCGCCACCAACGCACCCACCUGACCGGAAACCGUCCCCAUCAGUGCACACGCUGUCAUCAGUUAUUCAUAUACAAGUCUCAACUACGCAUGCACAGCCGGGUGCACCUGGUGGAAGAUAUCCUUCAUGGAGGAGAGAGAGAAGUAUGUGGCUCGGAGUCAGCAAGGAGCGCUCAACCACUGUAA